AUGGAGAAAAAGACGUGGAAAAUGCUGGAAAACAAUCCUGAAGUGAUGAAUGCGCUGGCCGCAAAACUUGGCUUAUCAAACUCCCUCACGUUCUACGACGUCUACUCGCUGGACUCACAAGUCGAGCUCAACCACAUUCCCCGUCCGGCUCUUGCACUGCUCGUCAUCAUCCCUCUCACCCCAUCCUGGGCCGCAAAUCGUCGCGCCGAAGAUGCAGACAAAGGACCUUACACAAUGUACGGCGAGAAUGAGCCCGUCAUCUGGUUCAAACAGACCAUCGGCAACGCGUGCGGCUCCAUCGGUCUAUUGCACAGUGUCAUCAAUGGCCCAGCUGUCGACUUCAUCACUCCCGACUCCACUUUAUCCAAGAUUCGCCAAGCUGCUAUCCCCUUGUCCAUGGCUGAGCGUGCUGAGAUGCUAUACAACCAUCUGGCUUUCGAAAAUGCUCACAAGUCUGUAGAGGAGGAUGGGGAUAGCUACACUGAUGCAGAGGUCAAGCGCCAGGGAGGACAUUUUGUGGCUUUUGUCAAGAGCGGAGGAAAGCUUUGGGAGCUGGAGGGAGAUAGGAAGGGUCCCCUAGACAGGGGAAGCUUGAAUGAUGAUGAGGAUGUUUUGAGUCCGAGGGCGUUGGAGAUGGGGAUGAAGAGGAUUGUUGACAUGAGUAAUAGUGAUGGAGGAGCAAUCAUGUUUAGCUGCAUCGCUUUGGCUCGCAAGGUUGAAUCAGAUACUGCGCGUGUGCAGACAGACUAG